AUGGACCUGGUCAAAAUUGCAGUGUCCUUCCACCUCCUCCUGAGUCCUGCGUGGGCCUCCUCCCAUCACCCUUUCAUGGACAGCAUCCUCUCUGCCCAGUCAGCCCUCAGGUUGCUGGAUGAGCCGAUGAGGUUCGACCCCUGUUGUCUCGUGUCUCCGCCUCCGCCGCUGUUCUUCCCUCCGCCGCCCCAGCUGUGGAAGAGAGGCAGUCCCGAUUACAUCAGCAUGUUGGAGCCAAGUGUUGGUCGAGGAGGGGAGCAGCAAAAAGAAAAACCCGUAACACCUGAGGGGUGUUCGCCUGGCCCCCCCGGACCACCUGGACCCCUGGGCCCAGACGGUCAAAGUGGAUUGCCUGGCAUCAGAGGACCGAAAGGGGAGAAGGGAGAAAUUGGACGCCCAGGGUCAAAGGGUCGUACAGGAGCGCCAGGUCUCCCAGGGAAACAAGGGCUACCUGGAUGGACUGGUCCAGAGGGACUCAAGGGGGAGAACGGGGAUUCAGGACUCAUGGGAUUACCAGGACUGAGGGGCCCACCAGGGACAAAGGGUUUACCUGGCUACAAAGGAGAUAAGGGGUCUCGUGGUGACCUGGGGUCAGCAGGACCAAAAGGCGAUAAGGGUUCCAUUGGUUUGUCCGGGAUGCUUGGCCAGAAGGGUGACCAGGGACCAAAGGGAGAGCCAGGAGUCUCAGGGAAGAGAGGACCGACUGGGCGGCCUGGGAAGAGAGGCAAACAGGGCAUGAAGGGCCAGACUGGAGCCUCAGGAGUCAUGGGCCCUUCAGGUCCCCCAGGUCCAAAUGGCCUUCCUGGGCCACCUGGUCCACCGGCCUCAGGUCUCUAUCUAGAGGGUGAAAAAGGAGAGAAGGGACCCCCCGGUGCACCAGGUCGCUGUGACUGUGACACCACGCCUGGAGCUAAUAAUGCUCCUUUCGGAAGCUACACACAACGGGGGGGCUCCAAUAAAGUCCCUGCAAUAUUUGUGGUCACCAAUAAAGAGGAGAUGGGCCGUCUUCAUCUGGACAAUGCACUGGCAUUUAGGAAGGAUCAGAGGAUGCUGUACUUCAAAGAUAAAGAUGGAUGGAAGCCCUUACAGCCCUUCCAGGCGUUCCAGUCCACAGAGAAAGUCCCGGACAGAGAGGGUGUGUGUGGGGACGGGAAGGUGCAGGCCCAGCACGGAGAGGAGUGUGAUGAUGGAAACCAGCUCGUCACUGACGCUUGCCUCAACUGCAAGUGGGCCUACUGUGGAGACGGCUACCGACAUGAAGGCAUGGAAGAGUGCGACGGAAAGGACUUUGGUUAUCAGACCUGCAAGUCCUAUCUUCCUGGAUCCUUUGGGCAGCUCCGAUGCACCGACUCCUGCCUUAUCGAUUCCACCGGUUGCAAGUACUUCACCUGA